AUGGACGAUGAAGGGAGGAAAACAUUUGUCUUAAAUGAGCGUAAGGCUAAAAUAGAACAUCAAGAAAAUCUAAAUUCCCUUCUUGAUCAUGCUUAUAAUGAAGGUGUUGGUGUUUGUAUAAAUUGUAGUUUUAAUGAAAUUAUGAACCCAAGGGAAAUUAGAAGUUUGGCAAAGCAACUUUCUAUGUCCUAUAAUCUAAUCAAAAAACAUAUGGCACCGAUAAAGAUGGUGCUAACAAGUUUUUCGCAUGAUUCCGCUCUAUAUAAAGAUUGUGAAUUAUUCGGGAUUCAAAAUUGGAAGAUUCAUAAGCAUGAACAAGGCUUUUGGGAAAUCUUCGAAUCCGAAAAGAUAAUUGUACUAACACCAGACGCAACUGAGAUAUUGGAAGAAAUCCAACAUGACAAGGUGUAUAUAAUAGGUGGACUUGUGGAUACAAAUGUAAAAAAGAGGGAAACGUUGACGCAGGCGAGCAAAUAUGGAAUCACUUGUAAAUCGCUACCAGUUAAGAAGUAUUUUCCCGAAUGCAAAAAAGUAGUUCUGAAUGUUUCGACUGUUUUUGAAAUUUUGAUGCAUAAAAUAAACAAUUUGAGCUGGGAAGAUGCGUUAAACAGGUGUAUCCCAGUUAGGGCUAAGCGUUGA